UCUCUCUCUCUCUUUUUCUUUUUUUCUUUUUUCUUCUCUCUUUCUCUCCUGAAGAAAACCUAGCGUCAACUUCUUCUUAUCUUCUUCUCCUCUUCCUCUCCUCUCAUCUCUGUCUGAUUUCUCUUUUUGUUUCUUACUGGGCAUCGAUUGGAUCUAUUUUGCUGGAUAGUUUUUUUUGGGUAUCUUUUAAGGUUCAGAUCUGGUUUUUCUUGUACAGAUUCGUCGAUUCGCUCUCAGCUCAGCAGCAACGACGGUGACGUUCCUCCUGCCAUAUGCUUACUCAGUUUGGGUUUUUUUUCCUUCAACCAUGCGCCGACAAAUGACUAAUGAGGUGGUCUUGAUGGAUACUAAGGUGAUGACUUGCCCCUGAAACUCGUCACUUAAGGUGGUCUUGAUGGAGACGAAGCACCCAAUGGCCAAAUUACUCGUCACUUAAUAUUGUAAAAAUAAAAAUUUAAAAACUGUUGCCGGUCCAAACCGGAAAAAUCGGAACCGAACCGGAUUUUAACAGGUCCGGAUUGGAUCGGUUGAGUAAUUAAUUUUUUAUGAGAUCCGGACCGGACCGAACUGGAUGAACAGUACGGUUCAGGUUCUAAAUUUAACUAAAAACCGGUCCAAACCGGACCGUGUCCAGCCCUAAUUUGUAUAUAUUGUUCAAUUCCGUUCAAAUUCUGUUAUAUCUUUCGAUUUUUAUAAAAUUUCAAAUUCAAUCUAAAAUGGAUUUUUUUAAUAAAAUUUUAACAAAAAAUUAGAUUUUGUAAAUAUUUAAAAAAUUAUUUAAUUAAUUAAAUAUAUUUUCUUUAUUUAGUCCACGUACCAAAAUAUGGGUGAGUUCACGUAAUAACAUCACAUUAUUAUUUAACGGAAAACAUGACGGUGAGACUAAUGAAUGUAUUAAAGUGAUACGAAAAUAAUCUUUAUGCAUAGGACUCAGAUAAAAAAAACUUAGGCAUCCAGUAAACUUGACGAUAAUAAAGUAAAAAUUACAGAAAAAACAAAACAAAAUAUCGCAGGUUGAAUUUGUACUAUUGAGUUUCAUACGGUAGCAGAACGAAAAUUCCUAACAGCAGACCUCCUUGAAAAAAAACAAACCCGUACACGCCCUUUUCGUAAUUUAAUUGCUGCUGCUUUCUUUCUUCUUCGCCACACCGACUUACAACGCCAGAGAGAGAGAGAGAGAGAGAGUGUGUGUGUGUGUGUGUGUUUUGGAGAGAUGGGGCUUGAAAUUAUGGAACCCAACGCGUGCAUUAGAGGUUGCUGCAGCAGCAAUUCCAUUCCUCUCCAUCUUCCACCUUCCUCUUACACUCUCCUCAAACCAAUUGCCAGAGGGGCUGAGAGCGUUGUAUAUGAAGCAAUUUUGGAUGGAAAGAAAGUUGCUGUGAAGAAACCCAUCUUCUCUACUCCACAAGGAGCUGCAAUUGCUAUGGUCACUCGUUCAAUAGGGGAUGAUGAUCUAAAGCCUGCUGUAACCGCAGAACCUGAGAUAACUGAAACUAUUCUUUCGGUAGAGGAUGAGUAUUUGGUAAUGGCAAGUGAUGGAUUGUGGGAUGUUGUGAGCAAUGCAGAGGUUGUAAGCAUAAUCAAGGACACUGUGAAAGAGCCUGGAAUGUGCUCCAAGAGAUUGGCGACAGAAGCAGCAGAGCGUGAAAGCAAAGACAACAUCACAGUCAUUGUUGUCUUCCUUCGUCCCGUCUCCACAGCUGAGAGAAUUUACUAGGUUGGUUCAUAGUUUCCUGCUUCUGAAUGCGAAAAGUCUGGUUAAAGAAUCAAAUGUCGGAAGAUAUGAUGAACCUGGAUAAUAAAAAUGGUAGUUGUACGAUACUGACAAUGUAUAUGAAAUUUGCAUCCAAAUUAGUGAUGCUUCUUGCAUGUAAUAGUUUCAUAACAUUCCUUUAUACCAUGUAUUUAUUUCCGCCAAUUCAGGCAUUCUGAAUGCGGUCCUUCUCCUUUUGCCCGUGAGGCUGAAAAGAAUUAAGUGAAGGGAAGUCUGGAAACCAUUGUAGAUGAUAUACUAGAGUGGAAAUAGAGAUGGAGAAUGAGUUGUAUUAAGGAAUAAGUUGUUGAAUAUCAUCAUUUCAAUGUUAAAUAUGUUGAACUGCAA